GGAAGAGAAACUGAGACGGCCACUGUUCCCAGAGGGCGUCACCGUCUGGUAUUCUAAUUCCCUAUAUCUUGACUACACAUGAUCAAAAUUUUGUUCAGAUAAAUCAGUCUUCUCUACCUGCAGAGAGAAACAUGAAUAAAAUACUGAGAUUAACUUCGCUCUUCAGCGUCUUGACGCUGUCCCUGUGCGCUCUUGCUCCCAACAACAGGUACGCUGGACCACCCCACUCCAGAAAUUCCUUGGGACACAGAGCAGGACCACCUUCUUACGGAAGUCCCGUUUAUGCCCCACAUUCCAGCCCAGUAGCCCCACCUCAACAUUACGGCGGAGCUAGACACUACGGAAAUAGUGCUCAUAGUGCUCCUCGUCACUCCGGACCCGUCAACUACGGACCAGCACCCCGCUACGGAGCCCCCAGUCACGGUGCUCCAGCUCCUCACUACGGAGGCCUUCACCAACGAUCCGCUCCUGCCUACCAACCUCACUUGGAACAGCCGCGUUCUUAUUCCGCCCCUGCACCCUACCGUCAACAGCCAGAGAGUCAACCCCAAGUUAAUGGCCGAGAAAUGAAGUACACCAUCCGGGACCCUCAUAACCGGGGAACCACUCACGUGACCGAAACCCACGUAGUCAGCAAUAGACAGAUGCAUGGAGCUGAGGCAGAAGCAGCCAUGAAGAAACUCAUGGGCUCCAUGGGACCCGCCUCCUAUGGCAGUGAUUCUUCCUUCCAAAACUUCGUCAAAGAUAUGGGAUUGCCUUUCUACUGAAAGUCACGCCCUAUUAUUUCAAGCCACGCCCAACAUUCGGACCUGUAUCCCUUCUAGUACUAGUGACUAAUAGUACUUCUCAAAGUGCUAUUAGUCAGAGGAGGACAGAUUUAUUUAUUUCUCUACACAUAUAUAGCGUUGAAGAAAUAGUUCGGCAUUACGGAAUACCAAGAACAAUUUUAUUUAUUUGUAGUACACAUUUUUUAAUAUAAUUGUAGGUAUAGUCAUUCUUUAGUUUCAAAGAUGAUGUUUGUACUGUCAGUUAUUGUUAUACUCAUACUGUUUGGCAUAUUUAAUAUCAUAGAUAUGUAUCUUAAGGAUGAGCUAAAAGAUGAAAAAACAAAAGCCAAAAAAAAGUAUAGAAAACCUUAAUUUGAAAAUG